UUCCAGGUUAACUAAAGUCUCAGCUUUAAACCAAAAGUAAGAGGAGACAUUAAGAUUUUCAUUCUUUCUGGGUUAUCUCCUUCCUGAAGAGCAAUGGAGCCACUUUUAAAUGGAAGAGGAUUAAUCAUAUCUCUAAUUUUCUUCCUGUUAAAAUUCUCAACAGCAAUUGAAAUACCACCCUCAGUUCAACAGGUUCCAACAAUCAUAAAACAGUCAAAAGUCCAAGUUGCCUUUCCCUUUGAUGAGUAUUUUCAAAUUGAAUGUGAAGCUAAAGGAAAUCCAGAACCAACAUUUAUGUGGACUAAGGAUGGCAACCCUUUUUAUUUCACUGACCAUCGGAUAAUUACAUCUAAUAAUUCAGGAACAUUCAGGAUCCCAAAUGAGGGACACAUAUCUCACUUUCAAGGGAAAUACCGCUGCUUUGCUUCAAAUAAACUGGGAAUCGCUAUGUCAGAAGAAAUAGAAUUUAUAGUUCCAAGUGUUCCAAAAUUCCCCAAAGAAAAAAUUGACCCUCUUGAAGUGGAGGAGGGAGAUCCAAUUGUCCUCCCAUGCAAUCCUCCCAAAGGCCUCCCACCUUUACAUAUUUAUUGGAUGAAUAUUGAAUUAGAACACAUCGAACAAGAUGAAAGAGUAUACAUGAGCCAAAAGGGAGAUCUAUACUUCGCAAAUGUGGAAGAAAAAGACAGUCGCAAUGAUUACUGUUGCUUUGCUGCAUUUCCAAGAUUAAGGACUAUUGUACAGAAAAUGCCAAUGAAACUAACAGUUAACAGUUGUAAGUCCAAAUAA